AUGCUGGAGGAUAUCGGAGGCACGGAGGGUGAAGCAUGUGGGGCGAGGUCCCCUUGUGGCUCCGGCCUCAAUUGCCACUACAGCGGUGCACUCGAGACCGUUGGAGAUUGGUGCAUUUCGAAGACUGACAGGAUUAAGGCUAAUUACUUCCAAAAAAAAAAAGUGUGGAUAGAUGCAAAGUGCCGUUACACCAAUGGUCUUCAUCGGAAGAUUUUGUUUAGCGAUGAGAAAAUUGUUAGCCCUAUGGAAGCCCUGGAAGUCAUUGGAAGAGUGGAAAGCCCCUUCAUCAUCGUCAUCGCCCUCAUCAGUGAUGGUUGCAGGAUUCCGCUCCAGCUCACAAGGCCGGGCCCACUCAGCAGUCGCAGCAAAAGAACAUUCCAGAGUUCAUCUCUGCCUCAGAUUGGCCCUGAGGAAGUCCUGAUCUCAACCUACUACAUUAUCGGCUUUGGUCCGAAUUGGAUAGGAUGGCAUGCCACAGAGCACAUCCUAACUUGGAAAGCCUCAAACACUCUCUGGUUCGAGCAGUUUAGCGCUUUUCUCAAGAAGUGCUGCUAUUGAUGACUGGCCGCGGAGAUUAAAUGCUUGGGUCAAUGCAAAAGGGAGCUAUUUUAAUUAAUUU